AUGAAGCUUACUACUGAGUGUGAAGUGAGAAUGAAGGCUAUAAUGUGGAACACGUCUUAUGAUCUUCAGAUACUAAAAACCUUUGGCAUGAAAUUCAAAAAGAUAAAAGCAUGUGCUGUCCAAGAGGUAUCUUUCAUAUUACCCCAGAAAGAUCAACUUCUCAUUUGUUGUGAUGGUGCCUCAAGAGGAAAUCCAGGUGAAUCUAGUUAUGGUUUUAUUUCAAGAAAUAAUGAAGGAGAGUGUGUGAUAGCAAUUACAAGAGGGAUUGGGGUUGCAAGAAAUUUUUAUGCAGAGAUAAUGGCAGUUCUUUGUGCUGGUGAAUGGGCUAUGAACAAUGGAUUCAGAAGAUUACUGUUUAGAUCAGAUUCAAAGACAGUCAUUGAGGCUUUCAAGAACUGUAAACUCCCAUGGUUUUCUUAA